GCAAGACUUUCCCAAUAAACCCUCUAAAAGAAAGAAUCUGAAAUACUUUUUUUCCCCCUUGAUUGUCACAUCACUCCCUUUUCCAUUUGCAAAAUUCUCGAAUCUUCAAAAAAGAUCUGUCUUUUUUCUUCGGGUUCAACCCAAAACACUUCCUUCAGAGUCCAGACAUUUCAGACUUGAACAGAAAGAGUGUUUUGAAGGCAAUGUUUGUUGAGACUUGAGUCCGGAGACAAUGGAAACUAAUGGUAGCAAUUCUAGUUCCCAUGACAAUCGACCUUCAGGAGGAUCAAAUAAUUCUAGCACAGAGAAGCCCAGUGAGAAAGAGAUCUUUGUUAACCAUGCUGCGAUAACUUGGCAUGAGAGAAGAAGAGAAUGGAUUGGGGACCAGUCUAAAAAAUCACAAAGAGCACGUAGAGAACCGAUUAUGAGCUGGACCACUACUUACGAAGAUUUGCUUUUGUCUACUGAACCUUUUCAGCAGCCAAUACCCUUAGCUGAGAUGGUAGAUUUUUUAGUUGACACCUGGAAUGAAGAAGGCCUCUAUGACUAGCUAAUUGGAAUUGUCUAGUGGUCCGAAGAAUUUUGCACAGUUUUGUUUGUGCAGAUUGAUGAUGAAGCAGCCAUAGGUUAUAAGAAUUUUUAACCCUGAAAUUGAUUUAGUGAUGUUAUAGUUGAUCUGUCUUGUUAUGAGUUUACUUGGUAGAAGUUAUUGCACAGAAAAUUUGGGUUAAGAGUUCAGGGACAUCUAGAGGACUAUUAAUCUCAGCAUGCUCCUAAUCCCCAGCUAAACAUUUAUGUAUUUUAACUAACCAGUUUUGGAGUAAGGUUGAUUCUGAUUUGGGGUAAA